UCACAAGUACCUAACUUCGCGACGGUCCACAGUGGCAGUUCUGAUAACGUAGAAGAAGGUGCUGUCGGUAUUAUUCCAUAUUUAAGUCAGUUGUUGCUAUCAAUGCUGACAUUAUUUUAAACUACUAAUGUCUUCUGUUCUUUGAGGAUCCUACGAAUAUUCUAGAAGGUCCAAGAUGUCGACCUCAGCGAUAUAUAUUUUGGAUGUCAAGGGGAAGGUGUUAAUCUCACGUAAUUAUCGUGGAGAUAUUGAAACUGGUGUGAUUGAGAAGUUCAUGCCACUUGUAAUGGAACGUGAAGAGGAGGGUAAUCUCACUCCAAUAAUACAAACUCCCGAGUGUACAUAUGCCUAUAUUAAAUACAACAAUUUGUACAUUGUUUCUACAACAAAGAAGAAUGCGAAUAUAUCACUAGUGUUUGUAUUUCUACACAAAGUGGUGCAGGUCAUGCAAGAGUAUUUUAAGGAGCUGGAAGAAGAAAGUAUCAGAGAUAACUUUGUUGUCAUUUACGAGCUUCUUGAUGAGCUACUAGAUUUUGGGUACCCUCAAACAACAGACAGUAAAAUUCUUCAAGAGUAUAUAACGCAAGAAGGACACAAACUUGAAGUACAAAUAAGAAUACCAUUGGCAGUGACGAAUGCUGUAUCUUGGAGAUCGGAGGGUAUCAAGUACCGAAAGAAUGAAGUCUUUUUAGAUGUCAUUGAGUCUGUAAACCUAUUGGCAAAUGCUAAUGGAAAUGUCCUGAGUUCAGAAAUCGUUGGUGCCAUAAAAAUGCGUGUUUACCUAUCUGGAAUGCCGGAAUUACGUCUAGGUCUAAACGAUAAAGUUCUCUUCGAGUCAACAGGUCGAGGAAAGUCGAAGUCAGUUGAACUAGAAGAUGUGAAAUUUCAUCAAUGUGUGCGACUAUCCCGCUUUGAGAAUGAUCGUACAAUAUCAUUUAUUCCCCCUGAUGGUGAAUUCGAGUUGAUGUCCUAUCGAUUGAACACUCAUGUAAAGCCUUUAAUCUGGAUUGAAUCUGUAAUUGAGCGACACGCUCACAGCAGGGUCGAGUAUAUGAUAAAGGCCAGGUCACAGUUCAAACGUCGUUCAACUGCCAACAACGUUGAGAUAGUCAUCCCCGUUCCAAAUGAUGCGGAUUCUCCAAAAUUCAAAACUACCAUCGGCAGUGUCAAGUACUCCCCUGAACAAAGCGCCAUCACCUGGUCCAUUAAAUCCUUUCCUGGCGGUAAGGAAUACUUAAUGAGGGCACAUUUUGGGCUGCCAUCCGUGGUCGGAGAGGACGUUGAAGGGAAACCCCCAAUUCAAGUCAAGUUUGAAAUUCCGUAUUUCACAACUUCCGGUAUCCAGGUGCGAUACUUGAAGAUUAUCGAAAAGAGUGGUUACCAGGCUCUUCCUUGGGUGCGUUACAUUACUCAAAAUGGCGACUAUCAAUUAAGAACCAAUUAGUAGAACUUUAUCGAAUCACAGUAGCUGUUUCGAAACUCAAUCGUUGGAGCUGCAAAUCAAGUUGCAAUGAAAGAUAGUGGGAUCAGAUGAUUUAGAUUUUUCUAUGGUUUCUGUACAUCCUUUAAAAUUGUCUAGGAAGUCCAAUACCUUGAAGUCGCAAUGCUUUUUGAUGUCAGUUUGACCCUCUGUUAUUCCAAUAAGUUUUUAGCCGAAGCGAUUUACCCAUGUUAUUUUAUAUUUUACACAGUACACGCACGUCUGUCAUCGUCUCCUGAUAGUGAAAGAGUACUUAAUCCUUGUAAUUCUUAUUGAGCAGAGUAUAGAUUGUAAGUGAAAUUUUAUUUCUGUACAUUUGCUUUCGAAUCUAAUCCGGAAGCGCAAUAUAUAGGAUAGUCGAUCAUAACAGACUUCAUCACGUUGUUUUCGUGAGAUACAGUUCUACGAGUCAUUCAUCAUGCUUCGUCACAAUUAAAGCCUAAGUAUUAUUAAUAAUUAUUACGAGUGUAUUACAUUUUUAACUAGACGUUGUAAUAAAGUAUGUAAUUCAUUAAAA